AUGUUGGGGAUAGGAUUUAAAGUUAGCGGCACUGCCGGCUCGAAGUUUCGCUUUGAUCCUCCCGGCCAUAUGCAACGUCAGGCAAUAGUGAUCCACGAUUGUCACGGCGCGGACAUUAGAAAAGACAGGCUACUCGAGCUGCGAAGUACAUUGGAAGAUUGUUACGACUGGACGGAGGAAACUUUUAUCACAAGGUCUGAAGUAGAAGAAGACGAUUGGAUUGUUAUUUGA